CUGUCAGAUUUAAAUAAGUAAAUUGUGUGAUUGCAUUGUGGCAAUCUCAGUCUUAGUAUCCUGGCAUGCACUGGCAUUUCCGCCUCAACUUUCUUAGUUCCGACCUCCGACGUCUGAUUGGCACGUGUUUCAUCGGCAGUGAACAACAGUCGGCAACAGUGUGCCAGGGUUGAUAGCUCAUUCAUAUAGAAGAUGAUAGCCGUGGUCCAGGUGGAUGUCAGUUUCACAGUUGCUGGACUUGUCAGCCAACCUUUUUAUAACCCCUGUUAUUUUAACAUAAAGAAAAUGGCAACGACACUGCUGCUCACACACAGCCAUUCCCUAUACAAGAGAUAACAUUGCACUUAUACACUGCUGUGGCUUUUACAAAGUUGAAUUUCCAAUAUGGUAGGAGAGGUUGUUGUUGUUCAGUGGACUGUUGUCAUGUCCCCGCAGUGCCUGUAGUGGUGCUGUGAGGAGUCUGCUGUGGACCCAACAAAAAUCCUCAGCAGCCUUCCUACUGCUAAUAUUGCUGUGGAUAAUCUAUAUUUACAUGCAUCUGUAUUUCAAGAUACACUGGGUUCGAUGAAGAUCACUGUUAGUAUCCUAAAAUAUCGAAUAUCGAUGCACAAAUAGCCUAGCUGAUUCUAAUAGACAUUUCGGCCGUCUGUCUGGAGCGAAUACCUUACACAGCCCAUACCAAUUCAAGCUGAUGUUUUCAAGGACAAGAGUCACGUGAUGUAUGAAGGCAAACACAUACACUUCUCGGAGGUGGACAAUAAGCCAUUGUGCUCAUACAGCCCCAAGCUCUGCAAGCAGCGCAGACUAAAUGGCUAUGCUUUCUGUAUCCGGCACGUUCUGGAGGAUAAGACUGCCCCCUUCAAGCAAUGUGAAUAUGUGGCCAAGUACAACAGCCAACGAUGUACCAAUCCAAUCCCUAAGUCUGAGGACCGCAGAUACUGUAACAGCCACCUGCAGGUUCUGGGCUUUAUCCCCAAGAAGGAACGGAAAAAGAAACAUGAUGCUUUGGAGGAAAUGCGCUCACGGCCUCACCUGGAGUCAGUGGCUCUAAAUAUAACUGUGCCCUCACUAGCUCUGAAAGCUCCCAAUGGUCUGGAUGAGCUUCCACCCUCUCCUCCCUGUACACGCCUGUUACCCCUUCCAGAUGGGGAACUCCUGGACCCUUUUGCCUUUUAUGAGGAUGAUACAGAUGGGGAGGAGGCGGGUACUCCUCGGAAGGGUGCCACCGUGAAGAAAAAACUACAGAGCCGGCUGGUGCUUAACCAGAAACUCUACCAUGACACUGACCUCUUCCAGCCACCUCCUGAGCACUUUAGCCCCUCCCCUGUGCCCCGUGUCCACCCCUCUUCCCCACUCAACACUCACCAUCCCCGUCAGCAGUCAGGACUUCUCCAGCCCCUCCAGCACUCCAACGUGACUUCCUUCAUCUUCCCAGGACAGCCGCAGGGUUUAAUAUGCAAUCCAGCACCACCUCAGACACCCAACUUUCUGCCUCCAGGGAUGCCCGCUAAUGCAGCACCCAGUCCGACGCAACCCUCUGGGCCAUCAGUCAACAGAAAAACACCUUUCACUGCCACUCACUUGCCUACCAGUUGCAGGGACAGUGGCAGUAACCCUCAGCGGCAUGUGGUCGUCAUGCGUCCUGCUGCCUUCUCACCGCCUGCUGCCUGCCUGGCCAGGUUGCAACAUCUGGUUCAGCUCUGCGCCAAGAGACACCAGGAGCACGGAGACCUCUUCCCUCAUCUAGGACUGGAUUGGUCAGAGGACAGCGCAGACGAUGAUGAAGAGGAGGCAGAGAGAGAUCUUCCUUUCCAGAGCUCUUGGAGACUGCAGGAUGGGCUGGAAGAAGAAGGUGGUUCCUCACGGAGGGCACGGCUACUCAGGCUUUGCACGUACCUCCAGGAGAAAUACAAGCACAUGUGCAGGCAGGAGAGGGCAAGCAUCCGGCAGAAGAGAUACCGCUAUGCCUUCCGCAAAGCCUUGCUGCACGCUGCCAGUAAAGACCCUGACUGUGCUGGGCAGCUGAUCCAGGAGCUGCGCAGUGUCUCUCAGACCUCAAGUGUGGUUCCAGCAGGGCAGCAGGACACAGAGACAGGAAUCUGCACUGGCAGCACCAAGGGCCAGGCUUGCAACAACAGAGCUCUGCCCUUCACUCGACACUGCUUUCAGCAUAUACUGUUGAAUCGUUCCCAGCAGCUCUUCUCUAGUUGCACAGCCAAAUUUGCAGAUGGUCAGCAGUGCUCUAUUCCUGUGUUUGAUAUCACGCACCAGACACCACUCUGUGAAGAGCAUGCCAAAAAGAUGGAUAACUUCCUGCGUGGGGACGGUAACCGACGAGUGCAGCACCAGCAACAGCAGCAGCGUAAGCCACGCAAAAAGACCAAACCCCCGGCGCUCACCAAAAAACACAAGAAGAAGAGGAGGAGAGGGCCGCGGAGGCCCCAGAAACCCAUCCCUCCGGCAUUACCCCAGGGGAACCUGGGAAUGCCAUCUACCAGCCUAACCAUGCCCUCACAGGCCAGCAUCAGGAGCCCUUCAACCCCAGACCUGAGCACAGAGGAGCUUCCUGAUGACAUCACCAAUGAAAUGGCAGACAUUCCAAAUGACCUUGAGCUAAACCAGGAGGAUUUCUCUGAUGUGCUACCCAGACUCCCCGAUGAUCUGCAGGACUUUGACUUGUUUGAAGGUAAGAAUGGGGAGCUGCUGCCUACCACAGAGGAGGCCGAGGAGCUGGUGCGUGCACUGCAGGCGAUGGGGUCCUACCCAGACUCUUUGGUGUGCCUGACCUCCAUGGGGGACCUGGCCCCUUCUGAAGGAGUGGACCAUCGAGCCAUGGCUGUAUUCCCAGGGCCGGUCCAGCCAGGGGGCAUGGGGGACCUGCUGAACAGCCGCAUCCCUACAGAGAACUUCACCAGCCUGGAGCUGGAGGACAAUCUGCUGCAGUCUGCUGGGAGUCACUUCCCCCCCUCACCACCCUCUCAGCCCUCUAACCAGCCCCCGACCUCAUGUUCCAACUUGACCUCAUCUUCCUCCACAGUAGCCCCUUCCACCACCAGCCUGCUCACUCAGAGCCCCCUAACAGAGCGAACGUUCUCACGGACACACACAUCCCACGUCCUGGCCAAGUCAGAUGCACCCACGUCAUCUCCGCAAGGCAGCCACUACAGCAGUGAGCAUGUGCCAUCCCCAUACAGUGACCACAUAUCUUCACCCCAUGCCAGCUCUUUCCAGACAGACACCCCUCUCCUGUUGGAAGUCCCUCUGAGCGGGGUACCAGGACCCCCACGCUCCUCAUGGAACAAUCUCCCUCUUCCCAUCACCGACCCUGCGCAGUUCGGCAACCUCAUAGGAUCAGAAAGUCAUCUCAUUUCCACUUCCCUGUCGACUCCCCCUGCCACCACCCACUCAGUGACCCUGCAGCCCAUGGCUGCCCUCUCAGUGAUGCCCCAGAGUGGCUUGACAGGUUUAACUACGCCCCCUGCCCCUUCGCCUUCCCUCUCACCCUCGUCCUCACCACAUGAUCUUCUCACCUCCACGCAGCCCAAGCAGCAGCUCCCUCAGUUCAGCGCGGCCUUUGGCCAUCAAUUGGCCUCCCAUAGCGGCAUCCCGAAGGAUGUUCAGCCCACCCACAGCUCCACAGCACCCCCCGCUGGCUUCUCCAUAGCGAGUGCCACUGCUGCAAGUGCCAACAGCACCACGCCCCCCUUCCCUCAGAAUAAAUGAGAGCAGGUGGCCUGCAGUGGCUGCAGGAUAGUCGGUGGACUCACAGUCACUUACAAUCUAAUUGACUGGCUUCUGAUUGACCACCCCUCUUCAUUUGCUACAUGUGUGCAAUGUGGUAAUAGUGCACUAUUUGAUAUGAUUUUGCACAACCUCAGAUUUUCCUUACUAUUUAAAAGUUAUUUUUUCUAUAGCCAGAUGGUCUCCAGGAUUUAAGUCAGUGUGAGUCCACUUUUUGAUCUGUGUGCUGCCCUGUGGCUUCACCAGCAGGGGGUGACGGGCAAGCAGACUUUGUGGUGGAGUGGGCUCCAUGAUGGAAUGAACAGUGAAAAUUGACAAGGACCUUAGAUGAGAUUAUCUCUAUCUAUCAUAGUGACAAAAACAGUGCUCAGAAUUCAUUGACUUAGAAGCCUCAAUCAGCGGUCAGUUUUGUUUGCUUUGCCAUUUAAGUCCCGUCUUAAAAGUUAUCAACUAUAUCCUGCCUUGCUCAUAUGGUCAUUGCAUUUUUGUUGUUCCAUUUGUUUCAUACACUGCUUUAGUCACCCUAUGAAAGACACGAGAGUAUAGGUUGUAAUGUUUGUGACUCAUUAUGUUUCAAGCUAUUUAACUGUUAUCAUGGAAAAGAAUCUUAUUCAGUCAGAUUUCACGGAAACAUGAAUUUACCAAAAUACUUUUAAACAGCUGUUUUUAUAUUGUGUAUAUAGUUGCUCUUUUAUUGGUUUGAUCAGACGUCAAGAACUCUGACCUCACCCUUGGUCGUGGGGCUCCAUAUGGGUGGCCUAGCUGACACUUGAAGGUAAAUAUGGUUUCUUAAAGCAAUAAACACAUGGACAUAACUCUUGUAUUGUAAGGUAUUGUAUUGGUCUCCACUUAAAUGUAGCUUCACUUAGUGAUCCAGGCUGAUGUGGACCAGGAAUAUGUUUGGGCCUAUAUAACUGUGUCAUAAACCUUUUUUUAAAAUAAUGAUUUCACACGAAACUAGAUAUUUGUCUGCAGUAGACCACUGAACAGACCAGAUGAACUUCUCUUGGGUUUUAGUGAGUGGGAUUGUAAGGCUAGGUAAACAACCUCAGUGUAAGGAUAAUGAUGAAACAUAAAUGAAGGGGCUUUUCAUUGUCUUCUCCCCAAGGUGCUCUCUGGUCCCCAUAUACAGUGGUCUUUACAGGGACGUGCAUGUAGUUCUCCAUGAGAGGCAAACUCUCGAAUUCAGGAAUCCAGCAGGGGAGGAAACCCCUUCUAAGAUGUCAAGGCCGACAUACCCAGUGAAGAGAAAGCUUUUCGAUACAGAGAAUCGGUAUAUGGACGUGCAUAUUUCACCCUCUGUUAGUUGUCUGUGUGACAUCUUGAUAUAAACUGGUGCGAUCUUGUCAGGUAUAGCCUUGUUUGUUCUUCUCUAAAGCUUAAUUACCAGAGGAGUUUUAAGGUCAGUGAUGCGUGGUAACCUGGGUCCUAUCUUAACUGUAUGUUUCGUGAGGAUUCUGCCUAUGCUAUCUGAAACCCCUCCCCUUCCUCCCUGUUAAUUUCUCAUUCAGCAGAACAACCAUGGGUUUUGAUAGAUACUAUAUUAGAAAUUGACAGAUUCUCAGACAUUGUUGAGUAUUAGGUAUAUAGAGUAGCAAUCUCUACCUUGGGGUUUAUUGGUGAAUUAUUGAGUAGCAAUGGAUUGAAAUUGUUAUUUGCAAGUUUUCAGUGGAUCCUGUGUUUUGUGGAAUGACGUUUGUUUUUAAUGGCUAUCAAAAUGGUUGUUAAGUCUUGAAGUUGGAGGGAUUGAUGUUCGUGUCUAUGUUGUCAUUUGUUUUUAAUAAUACUCGGAUGGACAAUAUUUUUGAUAGCUAUUAAACUCCAACCAGCAGUUCCUGCUGCUGAAAGUCUGAGAUUGCGUGGGGCAACAGCUUUCUGUUUGAGAGCAUAUCAACAUUUUAAUUAUGGCCACUGGCUUCAUUCUUGGUGGUAUGAAAUGACAUCCAAAUAUAUGCAUUGCGUACUUUUUGUAUUUUAUUUUGUGGAGAAAAACAGAUCCAGAUCUGUUGUAUUUCAAUAUAGAUUUGCACAGGAGUGGAUGAAGCCAGUAGUGUUUCAUAUGUUCCAAUCUGUCUUGCCUUUUGCUUGGACACUCAUUAGAGCGAACAGCUGCCAUCAUUAUCAGCAUUCAGCCUGCACCAGACCCCACUUCCAGCUGUGAGAAGGCCCAGUUCUUUCUCUCAGUUCCAAAGAGACAACACGUUAUUAAGUGUAUACACGUAGCUCCACAGGAGACAACUGGGCUUCUCGGUGACCACGGUGUUAAUACAAUGCCCCAUGAAUCAGGUUUGAUGGAAUGUUUCUUGAGUUUGAAGUAAGCAAGGCAAUACUGCUGUAUUCACAUAGCAUGAGAUUAGUCGCUGCACCAGUUUACUCUCCCAACAUCCACAUAGAACAAAGUUAACAGGGCUCGUAGGCACUUGUAACUGCUUGAAUUCAGAGACGGCUGACAAAUUCCUAUACUCAUUGAAUGUACUGUAUUACUGUUUUUAAAGAUGAUAGGAUGAGCUAAUAUUCUAGUCACCUUUUGUUAUUGGUCCUUGUUUAAUUUGUCUAAGGUAUUUUUUGUAUACAAAAGUUUACAUUUUUAUGUAUAUUUUUCUUGUGUACAAAUUAUGUAAUAUGUGUAUAAACACUGUAUGUAAUAUCUGUAUAUAGUGUGACAAAUUUGAUCUUUUGUUUUUGGAUGUAUAAAUAAAACUUGCUGUGAGGUAUUCGCUGA